AUGGAGGAUAAGUCGGCACUGCGAAAGUCGAUUCUGAAUAUGUCAGAAGAGGAUGCAAAGAAGGCACGAGCUGCAGAGGAGGUGACAUUUUUCGAGCAGUCGAGAAAUAAAAUGCGUAGAUUGGGAACAGUCAGUGCUUUGUCUAGUAAAUUUGUUCAACCAGAGAUCAAACCGGAAACGUACAAGUACAAACGUUCUCCGCUGCUCGAGACCAAAGAUGGCACAUGGCCAAAACGUACUUAUGCUCCCGUUAUUAAGCCUGAAAUCAAUGACAGUUUUGACAAGCAGGCGGGUUGCACAAAAACCUUUUCUACUUUUCAAAUUCAACACCACUUAUUCCCGUUCUCUAAAUUCGUCUUUAUGACAAACUGUUACCAUCGUGUCAGCGAUAUUCGAGGUUUUAAGCUGCUUGCAUUCUUGGAAGAGGAAAAUAUCACAGCUUUGUCAACAGAUAAGAUGGAAGAAAUCCGAGCUAAGAUGGAAACCGGAAAUACAUUGUUAAGCAAUCAGUUCGCCGAUCUGAAGCGGGGAAUUGCUUCGCUGGCCGAUGACGCCAGACGAGCGACUCUCGAAGAAAAACACAAACAGUUGCUUCUAGAGGCCGGAGAAACUUUUGAAAAAGCGGGAAAUGAUUUUAAAAAAUGGAGAGAAAAUCGUACAGCUGAAUACCAAAAGGAGCUCGAAAAGCAGGAGCAAGAAUUGCACCGGCAGAAGGCCCAAAAAACGCAGCCGCUUGCAAAAGCCCCUGCUCCGGUAAAAAAAUCUUUAUUUUUGGCCUUCAGAACCGGUCUAUAUUCAGCAAACUCAUCCUUCCUAAUGAUUCAGAAAUUAUAA